UAUUUUCAUUCCUUUAAGAUUUUCCUUGAGACUCAUGGCAAAUAAGGAUGAGACCCAUGGUGACGAGAGUCAAGUUUGUAGAGUGUGUACUGACUUCAAAAAUUGGCUAAAGGGAACGCGAAAAGCUGCCAAAGCUCAGUAUUUGGUGGAGCAGUCUGUCAGUAACAAGCUGACAUGGAGUCCUUGGAACUCUUCAUCUAUGCCUUCCUGUUCUCUUCCAUCCUGUACAGCAUAUGUUGGCGCCUGGCCAAGGUCUUCACCCAGGAUGAUCCCAGGAAGUCACAAGACCAAAUCAUUGGGGGAACUAAUGUUCCACGAGGGGGUUCCACAUCAGCAAGUGCACCAAAUACUAUGCAGAGUGCUGGAAGUCUCUUUCCUGCAUCUUCACACUCUGGAGACAAAGUUCCCACUCGACCAGACUGCCCUUUAGAUGUAGAAACACUGGGUCAGAGCACUUGGAAUCUGUUACACACAAUGGCUGCAUAUUAUCCGAAGAACCCUACUCCCACGGAACAGAAGAGCAUGCAGGAUUUCAUGCAACUUUUUGCCUCCUUUUAUCCCUGCUCACACUGCUCUCAAGACUUUCGUGAUGAGUUGGCCAAAAACCCUCCCCAGACGGAAAACCAGAAUGCUUUCAGCCGUUGGAUGUGUGAGCGUCACAAUAAGGUGAAUGAGAAGUUGGGAAAGCCAUUGUUUGACUGCUCCAAAGUCGAUGAGAGAUGGCGGAAUGGUUGGCAAGCUUUUGUUAUCAAUCAAGCAAUGACCUCUGAAGGAAACCUGCAGGGAAGUAUACAUCCCAUUGAUCGACAAACAGUCCAUCGCAUAUGCUCUGGUCAGGUUGUGUUGAACCUUGGAGGGGCUGUGAAAGAACUGGUUGAGAAUGCCUUGGAUGCAGGGGCAACAUCAGUAGAGGUGAAGCUGAAGGAAAAUGGCCUAGAAUGCAUUGAGGUCUCAGACAAUGGUGAUGGUGUUGAUGAGACCAACUUCCAAGCUCUCAGUGAGGGUCUUCUUUCUUAUAAUUUUAUUUGGAGAGCCCUGAAACAUCACACAUCAAAGCUGAAGGACUUUGAUGAUUUGCUGAGUGUGUCCACAUAUGGAUUUCGGGGUGAAGCACUGAGUUCCCUCUGUGCCCUGGCCAAGGUCACUGUCAUCACUCGUCACAAGGAUGCUAAUGUUGGGGCCAAGCUGGAAUAUGACCAUGGAGGGAUCCUUGUGGGGACAACAGUGCUGCUGCAGAGCAUCUUUGCCACCCUUCCUGUCCGCUACAAGGAAUUGCAGAGAAACAUUAAGAAAGAGUUUGCGAAGAUGGUCCAGAUUCUCACAGCAUAUUGCCUUAUCCAGAAGAAUGUGAGGAUCUCUUGCACCAAUCAGUCUGGAAAGAACCGCCAGACAACACAUGUCCUUGCCACACAAGGAUGCCAGACUCUCAGUGAGAACAUUCGUGCUGUAUUUGGCUAUAAGCAGAUGCAAAGCCUGAUCAGCUUCAAACAGGAAGUACCUUCAGAAGAGAUACUGACUCAAUUUGGUUUAGACUUGCCCACUUACCAGGAAACAGCUACCUAUGAAAUUGAGGGUUUUCUCUCCAGCUGUCAACACGGCCAAGGACGAAGCUCCACAGAUCGCCAAUUUUAUUUUAUCAAUUCCCGCCCAUGUGAUUUUCCCAAGCUAUCAAGACUGGUGAAUGAAGUAUACCAUUCAUUCAACCGAGACCAAUAUCCAUUUGCAUGCCUUGACAUCCAUGCCAAGUCUGAUGCAAUUGACAUCAACGUGACACCUGAUAAGCGGCAGAUCCUGGUGCAAAAUGAAAAGGCUCUUCUUGCCAUUGUCAAGGCCUCACUCCUCAAAAUGUUCGAGACCUACCCCUCUCGAUUGAUCUCUCUUGCAUCGUCAAUCACAAGUCCCUCAGUGCAAGAUAAGGGAGAUCAACCUCCCAAGACUCUAGCCUUCUUUAAAAAUACCAAUGCAUCUGGACAUGGGUCAAGGCCAACCACUGAGGACAAAGUAAAACAGUUGAGACUGGACACAUUUACUUCAAGGAAGCUGGAGAGUGGAAUCUCAAAAUCAGUGGAGUUCUGGUCCCAGUCCCAGCCCAUGAGCAGUGUCCAUUCCCCAUCCAAGAAGAGAAAGCCUGAGUGCCUUCAAGCAUCACCCAUACACAAAUCACUAAGGAUAGAGGGAAGUACUCACAAAGCCCUAGACGCAGAACCUAGGGGAGAAGAAAACCAAGACACCAUGGAUUCAGGACUCAGGGAGAAAGGGAACUUUCAGGAACCCAUUGAUUCAGGUUUCAGCUCACAGGACUCUGCAAAGAGUGAUGCAGAUGGCCCUUUAUUUCAGAUCAUAUUUGAACCUCCCAUCAGAACAAGGAACCAAGAAGAGAGCCAGGAAGAUAGGCUUGAUUCAUCUCAGAGUGAAGAAGUGUCAGCAUCUAAGGAGCUCAGAUUACCUGAGAUUGAAGCAGAUGUAGUGGAAGAAGUCCUCUCAGUUUCACAGUCCAUAUCACAAGAGGGACACAGCUCAGAGAGAUUUGAGGAUGAUCAACCAAGGUCACCUGAGGCCAAGUUUUCUCCAACAAGGUUACCUGAGGUCAAACAAUCACCUGGAGUGAGGCAUCAGGAGCCAGUUUUUGAUGAAUCAGCUAAGGCCAAGCGGGUUGUCAAAGAAGUCCCGUUUUGCUUCCAGUCACUCAAAGAGGCUUUGACUAAGUCAUGUUUCCAUGUCAAAGAAGGGAAGAAAGAAGUGGAAGGGAGGAAAUUUCGAGCCAAGAUCAGUCCAUCAGACAACUCAGUUGCUGAGGAUGAACUCCGUCGAGAGCUCACAAAGGAUAUGUUCCCACAGAUGGAGAUCCUGGGUCAGUUCAACCUGGGCUUCAUAAUAACCCGACUUGGCCCUGACCUCUUCAUUGUGGACCAGCAUGCCUCUGAUGAGAAAUACAAUUUUGAGAAUCUCCAAAGGAACACUGUGAUCCAGUCUCAGAAACUUAUUGUGCCAAUGAACCUGGACCUUACUGCAGUGGCAGAGGCAACCCUAAUUGACAAUCUCCCCAUCUUUGAACGCAAUGGCUUUAGCUUCCUAAUUGAUGCCAGUGCAUCUCCAGGGAGCCGUGUCCGUCUGGCAUCAAUUCCUGAGAGUCACAAUUGGAGCUUUGGGAAGCAAGAUGUGGAGGAACUGUUAUUCAUGCUAAGUGAAGAUGACAUUUCUGAGUCGAAUGUAGCUCGGCUCAGGCCUUCAAGGGUUAGAGCAAUGUUUGCCUCAAGGGCAUGUCGAAGCUCCGUCAUGAUUGGGACUGCCCUGAGCAAGCUGGAGAUGAGGCGACUAGUUGAUCACAUGGCUCUCAUGGACCAGCCUUGGAAUUGCCCUCAUGGACGUCCAACCAUUCGACAUUUGGUGAACCUAGACCUCCUCCGCCUCAAUCCUCUUGAGGCUACCGUUUCCAAGUGGGAUGCACACCUCUGAUUCCAGUGCAGUUCAUGUUCGUCAGAAGAAGAAGAAGAAAGUAAACCUUUUUUUUUUCA